AUGACAUCCCUUUCAUCAACUGUCGACCCGAUAUCUGACCUACUCCGGCUGCUGGACGGCGUGGACAGUGCAGAUCUCGCCGAGUUCAUUGAAUCCGAGCAUCGCGAGCUGCUGACGCUGCGCGAGCAAGUGCGGCAAUACGACCAGGCGGUGUUUGAGCUGCGCGGACACCUGCAGCAUGUAUUUUCGUGUGUCGGCGGGCUCAGCGCCCUGCCCAUGUCGUCUGCAACGAAGGUGUUUCUGAAUCUAGCCAAACAGCCGCAAUCGCCACCAAACACCACAUCGUUAGCACCGCCACUAACGCCAAUGUCACGCCCUGCUUCAUCGCUAACCUCGAUGCCUACGCGGCGCACCUCCUUCCGCAUUGUCAGCGACCCGUCGUUCCAGCUCCAUCCGCCACCGCGGCAUUCAUCAGCGAACAUGACCAGUGCAUGUGCAAAGAAACAUGUUUUGGUUUCGACCGAGGGCGCAGAAAUUACCAGCAUGCGCAGCGUAGGCAUUCAGACCGACCAGGACCAUUCAGAAGCGGUGCUAAGGGAGCGCAAGACGCAGGUGCGCACGCUGCGCAAGAAACUGCAGGACAAAGAGCUGCGACAGUUCGCAUAUGCAUCGGAUUGUGUCGGGCUCAAGCGCACAGAGUCCAUCAUGAUUGAGGCGCCCAACGGCUGGGCCCAGAUCUACGCAGCGCAUGCUGGGGCGCUGCGCGCGCCAGCAGCAACCAAGUUCCGCCGCUCGGUCAUCGCCAAGCCGGCGGUGCGCUGUAAGCGCGCGUCGACUGCUCGCACAUUCGGCAGCAAAUCGCGGCAGUCGCGCAUUCUGUGUGAAAGCGGGCGCGGGGUCUGCUCGGUGCUGACGGCGGUCGACCAGGCCAGCGAGGACAAUUCCGAGACCGCCAACGUGCCUGACAAGCAGCCGGUCGGAUAUGUCAACGGCUGGCCUGUCUAUGCAGACCAGGCGCCCGCCGACGACGACGCAGCGUUGAGCGACGUGGCACAAUGCAUAGCUGUCGAGGCCGAGGCAUCUGACGAAACAGCUCCUCACAACAACGACAACACCGCCGACCUUGUUUUGUCGUUCCCGCCGCCUCCUACCAGCAUUGCUCAGCCAGCACAGCAUAAACCACCUCCGGUUGUUCACCAAGGCAUUCACGACCAGUACGAUUAUGCACCAGAGAACAUGCACUACAAUGUCUCCAUUCAGGAAAUGGAGCUGCCCGUGACACUUGCUCCGCGCACGCCUCGGCUUCUUCGCUCAGUGGUGUCGAGUUCGCCAAGGCGCCUGUACUCGCGGUUAAGCAACCGCCUAAAGAGAAUAUGA